AUGAGGAAGGACGGCGUCGCGCUCAGCUCGACGGCGUACCGCUGCAUCAUGGCCGCGCACGAGCGGACGGAUCCAGCAACCACCCUGGAGCUCUGCGACGAGCUGGUGUCGCGAGGGCUCAAGUUCGACCGGGUGUCGUUCAACGCGGCGCUUUGCGCCUACUCCCACCUGGGCAAGACCCACCAGGCCCUGCAGCUGUUCGAGACCAUGUCCAGCCACGGGCUGGAGCCCAACGGCAAGACGUACGGCACCCUGAUCCGGGCGUGCACCGCCGCCGACAAAGCGCACGAGGCCUUGGAGCUCUUCCAGACGAUGCAGGAGAAGGGCUUCGACCCCAACCGUUACGCCUACCAUGACGCCAUCCACUGCUGCGUCAAGGCCAGGCGGCUCGGGAGGGCCGUCGCGCUGUACAGGGAGAUGGUCAGCGCGCGCGUGCCGCCCUGCGACAGCACCUCCCUGCACCUGAGCAAGGCGUGCAGGAAGAACGGCUGGACUAAGAUCGCGGACGAGAUCGCCCAGGGCCUUGCGCACAAGAAAGGGCCAGCGGCGCCGCUGGGCGAGUCCGAGGCCUCCACCGAGUUCAGGGAUGCCACGGGGGCGCAGGAGGAGUCCGACUAG